AUGCUUGUGGGGAAACAGGUGGAGAAGAUUCUUGGUGCAGCAUUCGGUUGGUCGACGCUAUCGUGCGCUGCUGAUGAACGCGUGGAGAAGAUUCUUGGUGCAGCAUUCGGUUGGUCGACGCUAUCGUGCGCUGCUGAUGAACGCGUGGAGAAGAUUCUUGGUGCAGCAUUCGGUUGGUCGACGCUAUCGUGCGCUGCUGAUGAACGCGUGGAUGCCAUGUCUAAUCCAGCGCAACACGAACAAGAAGUUCAACGCAAGAUUCGCCAUGCCGAGCGGCGAGCGCGAAGGCGCGCAGAAACCGUCACAUUUGGUGUUGAAGCGAGUUCAUUCAGGAGCGGCCUCAAUCAACAUGGCAUGAAGAUGCGCUUGCUCGAGAGAUCCUACAAUGCCAUCUCGAAGCCAUUCAAGCUGCAGCAAAAGUCAGAGUUUCGCAGGAAGCUGGGAGCGACGGAUGACCCUGUCUACAUUUGUUAUCCAAAGGGCAAAAUGGGAGCUAGCGCCAUUCGUGCCAUCAUGCGAUUCUUGUCGGAUGAUCCAGACAACAAGUAG